AUGGAAUUUGUACGAGCACCAACUAAAUUAUUGGAAAAAAUAGUUGCAGGAACGUGCUUCUUGUGGAUCGCUUUAGGCGGUUUGCCUUGCAUAAUUUUCACCAUAUAUCUAAUUCUAUAUACGAGAUUUUGGAUCGAAGCUGUGGCCUAUUUGGUGUGGAUCUUUUUGUGGGAUAAUGAUGCCAAAAUUACUGGAAACAGACGAUCGCAAUGGUUCAGAGAUUUGAGUGUUUGGAAAUAUCUGACACAAUAUUUCCCAGUUGGAGUGGAAAAAUUACCAUGGGUCGAGCUGGAUCCAAAGAAAAAUUAUCUGUUUUGCGUGUUUCCUCAUGGCAUGAUAUCGUUUGGAGCUAUUUGUGGAUUUGGUACAAGUUAUGGCAUGUUCAAAUCGUUUUUUCCUGAUCACGACUCAUUGUUGGUAACACUUUCGCAGCACUUCAGUGUACCUUUCUUCAGAGAAAUGAUUUUGGGUUUCGGAGGUAUUUCUUGUGAAGCCAAAGCCAUCGAAACUGCUCUAAUACACCCAGGAGGCGGACAAGUUUGCGUUCUGAUGCCUGGCGGGGCUCGGGAGAGUUACUAUUGCAAGCCUGGACAAUACAAAAUUUUAUUAAACGAGCGUAAAGGUUUCGUCAAAUUAGCACUGAGAACUGGUGCGCCAUUGGUUCCGGUAAUUUCCUUUGGCGAAACUGAUCUUUUUGAUCAGUACGAGAACCCAACUUUAAGACAAGUGCAAGAGAUUAUAAGAAACUGGACUGGGGUGGCACUGGCGGUUCCUAUCGGUAGAGGAUUUUUGGGUUUGGUUCCUAGAAGGAAACCAAUUCGGGCAGUUGUUGGUAAUCCAAUGGAAAUACCGAAAAUUGAAUUUCCCACUUCAAAAGAUGUGGAAGAGUAUCAUGCCAAAUUUGGCAAGGCAAUGCAAGAGAUGUUUGAAGAACAAAAAUAUAAUUAUUUGAGUGUCGAUGAAGCAGAAAAAACACAUCUAGUUCUUGUGUAA